UCAGAGCCCGCCAGCCACGGUCUCGGGCGCCAGCUACGCCGCUGCCGCUGUCACUAUGGCCCAUUACAAAGCCGCCGACUCGAAGCGCGAGCAGUUCCGGAGGUACUUGGAGAAGUCGGGGGUGCUGGACACGCUGACCAAGGUAUUGGUAGCCUUAUAUGAAGAACCAGAGAAACCUAAUAGUGCUUUGGAUUUUUUAAAGCAUCACUUAGGAGCUGCUACCCCAGAAAAUCCAGAAAUAGAGCUGCUUCGCCUAGAAUUGGCAGAAAUGAAAGAGAAAUAUGAAGCUAUUGUAGAAGAAAAUAAAAAACUGAAAACAAAGCUUGCUCAGUAUGAACCACCUCAGGAGGAGAAGCGUGCUGAAUAGGAUUCUUCUCAGUUGAAAAGACACUGAAAAAAUGGUUUUGUAUGACUUGAAUAGUUUGUAUAGUAUAUAAUCUUUUCUGAACAGAUGCUCUAGAACUCUUUUAAUAUGUUGAAUUCACCUAUCACACUCUAACUGUUAUAAACACAUAUACUUAGAAUCACCAAUAAAAACUCAAUAUAACUUUCUUUGGGUCUUAAAAGCAGGAGAAUCCAAAGUGAAUCCUGAAAAAAAAAAAAAAUCUAAACACAGCCAUCUAAUUCAUUACAUUAAAAGACAUUCUGUUUAUUAAUCUGACUAGGAAUGAUGGUACUGGUUGUAUUUUAGCCAAGGAAGUUCAGCAUGGAGCUGUUCCUUGGUUUAGUGCAGGAUAUGAACACAGGUAUAGUCAUUCUUUAAAAUGAAGAUGACACUGUUGUUUAUAUCCUCUGUAGGCAGCUGUGUGACAGAAGAUGCUUUUGCACGGGUUCCCAUGAAUCUUCUGCUCUUGUUUAUAUAAUGUGGAACAAAUAACUCUUCUUUGCCACCACUUUGCCUUAGAUAACCAUGUGUGUGCCAGUCUGAACUCUGACACCACGUUUUCUUCUAUGCAAUCAUGCCCUAUCUGAUGAUGUUGCCUUGCUUUGCUCUGUGCUUCAGUGGGUCCUAGCUGCACUUGGCCUGUGUUGUUUUUCAAUUUGCUAUACUAGUAGUUACCCUGAUUGUAAUUUAUAUAACUUCAAACAGGAUCACACUGUUCCCCUGCCUUACUUAGUUGCUUAGUUGAGCAGAGAACUGAGGCAAUAUAAAAUUCUGGGUUCACGCACAAGCUGGGAUAAGACGGGGAAUGAGCCAUAUAUCGUGGAAAAUUAUAGUCUGCGGGUAUAAUUAUAUAGUGCUUUUUUCCCUCAAAGUAUUUUUCUAGCCUUGAAUUCAUUUUAUCUUCAUUAUCCCUGUGAAGUAGGUAGGGCAAGUAUGAGCCGAGGUCGGGUGCUGAAUUUUUAGGCCAAAGACUGAUAUUAAUACAAAUUAUUUACUAACUGUAGAACCUUGGGCACUUCAGUUAACUGCUCUGAGAUUCACUUUCCUCAUCUGUUAAAUGAGAAGAAUAAGAUCAGUGCUGCCUACCUCACAGGGUUGUUGUGAGGGUCAAAUGGAAUGUAUGUGAAAGAACUGUAAAUGGUAAAGCACUAUAUU